CAAAUAAUACCGGUAGUAACUAGUAGAUUGUUUUGAAUAAGUUUGUUUUUUUUUUCAUGAAUUAUUAUUUUCAUUAGGUACUCUAAUACUCGUAUGUUAUUCAAAUAUUACUGAACACAAAAAGUACGAGGAAAUAUAUCUAAGUUUUUUUUGGUACAGCUAAAAUUAAUUUUCAAUUCAAUAGAUUAAUUAAAUCAUGGACGUAACUAAACAAAUUUGGAUUCCAGUAACAUUUACAGUUACACCGAUGAUCGGUGGUGUCAUUGGAGGAAUUUUUGUCCGAAAAAACAUUAAAGUAUGGUACGAGGUAAUAAUUAGUAUCUAGUUAAUUUUAAUUAAGUGACACAAAAGUUAAAAAUAGGUUCCCUACUUUGUGGGGGGAGGGUUAAGAAAAUAAUACACCUACAAAUUUUAUUUUUAUAUCUACUAUUUACCAAAAAUUGCAGUAUAAAAAAAACAAAUAUACUUCAAACGAUAGGUAGGCCACUGUUGUUAGUAAGAAGUCGGGAAGGUAGGGACCGAGAAAAGUGGGACGUGGCUGAAACGGGACGAUGGAUAUAAAGGCUCAGUAAAGACGUAAAACAGUGGUCAAUCAAGCCGUUUGGUUUCGUUGACUACCAUCUGACGCAGGUUCUAACAGGUCAUGAAGGUUUUGGCCAGUAUAUUCAUAAGUUCAGGAAGCGAGAAGACCCGAUGCGUAUAGACUGCCAAGCAGACAUUAACGAUACGGAACACGCGAUAUUCCGAUGUGAUUGUUGAGGGCGGUACCGAAGGGAACUUGAGGAACGUAUUGGAAGCGUCUUCGAGCCGGAUACUGUAGUCGACAACAUGCUCAAGUCAAGAAAAAACUGGGAAGCAGUAAAGAGAUAUGUCCGCCAAGUGCUUUCAAAGCGAGAGGAAAAGAACGCGAAAGACAAAACAUUAGGCGUUAAGUACAAUGUGCGCCGAAGACGAAAUUCAGAGAGACAGAGGCCUUUAUCUGCUGUAAACCAAUUUUAAUAAAUUGUUUGUUUUUUUUUUUUGUUUUAUCUCAAUAAACAAUUAAAUGUGGAUACGAAGGGAAGGACUACUAGCAAGGGUAAAGUAGCCCCUCUUAGCACCCACACCCACAAAAAAAAAAAAAGUUUACAUAAGCAUUAAAGUAUACAGGUACUCUGCAAUAUCUCAAAUAACGCCCCUGGUACAGUAUACACCUAAAAAUUAAUAAUCGUUAUGAAUAGUGAUUAUUUUGACAUCGUAUUAUAUUGAACAAUUUAUAAUAAAAUAGCUAUAGCUAGGUAUAAAAAAUUAUUGUAAAUUCAUAUUUUUGCGAAAAGAAUAUUAUACAUUUGAGCAUUUUAGAGUUAACAAAACUGUAAAAAACACUAAACCCAUAAUAGGUAAUUAAAAUAUAAUUAUUGAAUCACUAUUUAUUAUAUUUAUUUACUUUAAGUUCUGAGUAACUUCAGAGUAUAGCAUCGCAACAAUCAAACAAUAAAUAUCUAUAAUAUAAUAAAUAUUCACAAUUUGUUUAUUUGGCUCGUUGGCUCGCGGGGGAAUGGUUAAACCCAAAAACACUUAAUAAAUACGCCUCUGCAUCUAUGUACCUAUAUUUAUUUAUUUACUUUUUACUUCACAUUCCAUUUAGGUGCUUUGCUGCUUCUACUAAAACCUUCUCGAGCCUCUUCAUCUUUAAUAUAUUCACUCCAUUUCUUAAUCUCUUUAAGUCGUCUUUUACUCGGUCUAACCAACGUUGACAUAGUUUUCCAGUUGGUUUGCUAGUAAGUACCCGAUUUAUCGAUCCACCUUCCGUAUGUCAUUAUACAGUCUCUUUAGGUCUGCGAUUUUUUUCCGCUCGUAUAUACCAGUUUUGGAGUUUAAUAUAGGACCGUAUAUUUUCUUAAGAAUUUUCCCUUCGAAAGUUAAUCUAGCUAAUUCUCAUCACUCUGCGUCAUAGAUCAUAUUUCAAAUCCGUACAUGAUAAUGAGGCAUAAGUAGAUAAUAUAUAGAUUUUUCUUCAUGCCCUAGAAAAGAGUUUCGAUGUGAGCAUUUUGCUCAUUGCAUGACACCCUCAGUUUGCUACACUUAUUCUAGACUUUAUGUAUGUAUAAAUUCUAUGACUGUGUAUAUUUAUAUACAAAAUAACAUAUCCUUAUGUAUUUUGUUAUAGACAUUGAAUCUACCAUCCUGGAGGCCUCCAAAUUACAUGUUCGCUCCAGUUUGGACAACUUUGUAUAUAGUAAUGGGAUAUGCUUCUUUCAUGGUAUAUCAAAGUGGUGGUGGAUUUUUUGGUAAGAUUAAUUAUAAAAUAAAUGUUUUGAAUUUUCUGAUUGUGAUUGUUAUUUAAAAUUUGUUUUUAACUAUAGGCUCAGCAAAACUUUCUUUAGCAUUAUACGCAUCACAACUUGUUUUAAAUUGGGCAUGGUCACCUUUAUUCUUCGAGUUUCACCAGUUAAAAUGGGUAUACUAAUUAAAUACUAAAUAAUAUUGUUUACGAUUCUGAACCUAGCUAGGAAUAUAUUGGUUUUACUAUGAAAUAAUUUUCUUUAAAUUUUCUAUUUAUUUUGCGUAUUCUAAUUAUGUAAUGCACACAAACCUGUGCCUCAUAACGCCUCCAAAUAUCAUACCUCUUACCUCAAUUUCAUAAUUACAACGACCAUUUUUAAAUGCACCGUGAAAACAUAUGAACGCUAAUACAGUCGGUUUAUAAAUAGUAACAUACCUAUUUAUUUCAUUAAAUUUUAUUAUUAAAGUUAUAAAGUAUUAAGUAGUAACUAAAAAUGGUAUUUGAUGGUUUAAAAAUUGUUGUUAUUGUACAGUUACCUACUUCUAUAGUUAAUAUUUCAACUUCGUAUUUAUGACUGAAAGUUGUGCUAUUAACUAUCAGCUCCGAUCUUAUGUAUAUAGCGCUACCAUAUUGUGCGUCUGGUAUUUCCAUUGCUAGGUUCAUUCUCAGGAUUUUUGGUCGAGGGCUUGCCUCGCUCUGGUGCGUUUCUUGAAUGCAUAAAAUGUCACAUUUAUACCGCGCCUAUGUUCAUUGUGAAGGUCAUUUUUAGAAUAAUCUUAGAGAUAGGUAUGUAAUUUUUAAAUUAUAUUCGGUAGGUACUAAUCUAUAAAAAAAAAGUUGACGCCCGCUACUUAUAUAGUUUUACCUCUCGUAUUUUCAAUUUUCUAAUCAUUUGUUAUAAAAUGUAUGUACAUUUAAAAUAAAAAUAAUAAAUACAAAAUGCAGGUGGCCAAAAUUUUACUACAUACUUCAUUAAACGGACGUGAUUUCGUUAAACGGAUUGCGUCCGUUUAAUUUACUUCGCCAUAUAGACUCUGCCAAAUAAGAAUCUAAGAAGUUUCUCUUAGUUUCUUGUUGUCCCCUUUAGCUCUUCCCCACAUCCUCUCAACAUUUUGUGUGUGAGCUCCAAUUACAGGAUUCACAAAAUUAUAUUUGUGGUUUACUGUUGAGGCUGGUUUGUUGAAUAUUAUUAUAGGCUCGCCAGGAAUCAAAUAAAAUGGUUGAUCCAACUCGUGUACGUUCACAAAUUAUUGACAAGAACGUUUUUUCCAAUCGCUCGGGUACCUACUACUGAACUAAAAUAAUACAAAAUAAUUUAGUUCAGUGGUAUUAAAUUGCAUAAACAUCAUAUACGAGUGUACGACGAAACACUCAUUGUUAUCAUGGCAUAUCUCAUACACCAUCAAAUACCCAUUCCUGAGACAGUAUUCAACCUGCAAUAGUUUUACAUCUGACAAAGAAACACCUACUAUUUUGAAUUGAUUUAAGAAAGUUUCUAUACAAGAAUACACAUACUUUAAUAAUAAAGUUAUUCCAAUCCACUACGGUAGAUUUGCUCCAAAUUUGUGUUUAUAAAAGCCCAUCAAUGUUAGUUCAUGAGCCCAACCAUAAAUGAAGUUAACAAUAGUUGGUAACUAUACUUUAGAACUUUGUAUCCAAUUAUCUAAAACCAUUUUGUUAGCACUGUCACAGUAUUACAAGUCCAAGUUCUAUGAAUAAUGUUUGGCAUUUUUGUUUUGUAAAAAAAUUAUUAACAAUGAAUCAUCAUGCUCGUCAUUAAAAAUUUGUCGUUAAUUCAUGUUUUUUGUUUUAGUACUAGAUAGUUUCGGUAUUUUCAGUACCUAUAUACAGGGUGUCUUACAGUGUUAUAAUCCUUAUGCUAAUAAUUCUAUCAAUAUUUAUUUUAUUUUUUAAAUCUGGUUUUGUGCGAGUGGGGACACUAAUGUAGAAAAAAUUAAAUUUUUAUUUCCAUCCCUUAAUCACUGAAAAAACAACUUAAGCAAUAGGUAUACAAAUAUUGACGGUUUAAUUUAAAGUCUGUUUUUUUUUUCCUUCAAAUUUGUAUGAUCUCUUACAUCGCUUCAUUUCUAUAUACAUUUAAUCAAACUUGGCUUAGAAUCAUGUUUUUUUUAGUAAUGAUUUAUCUUUGUGUAGCUAUAGAUAUAAAUUAAGUUACUCUGUAGGUAUCUUAUUUGAAAUAAUUUUAACAAAUGUUUUUUUUUCUUUUUACAGAGUUUUAUUGAGAUUUGUGGUUUGUGGUUAAAUGUAUUUGGAUGCAUCGUAGCAUUUUAUGAAAUUAACAAAAUAGCUAGUUUUAUUAUGAUUCCAUACUUAGGAUGGUUAACAUUGGCAACAUCAUUAACUUAUUAUAUAUAUAAAAACAACCCUGAAAAAACUUCAGAUUAAUAAAUAAAAUAUGU